GAAUCGUUGCGGCUUGGGGUGGGACAGCGGGCGGGGACAGAGCUGCACGCCACUUGAACUGCUGAAAUGUGAUGGAUCUGGGAGGGGGAGUUUCAGACUUGUAUCAAACUUCGCCACAGUCGAAGGCAGGACGCUUAAAAAGAAGCGCGGAUAGGGAGAAGGUCUAUGCAGAGUCAUCCAAGCGAGCCGGGACUUUACUCGCUUCCGAGCCGCCAGAGAAGCUUGAAGGCGUGGGCCGGCCGCCUCGCCUCGGCCGCCUCGCGUCGCCUCGGCCGCCUCUCUGACUUCUCGAGAUCCUUCCGUGAUAUGCCAGAAACCCCUGGGACUCGUCGGCUUCACUGAACUCCGGUGGCGUUUUCCGCCUCUUCCGAGUGGAUCUAAUGACACGGCAAAGGCACUAGGAGCGCUGGGCGAACUUGGUCUGGCGAGGCCGGUGGAAAGACAGUGGCAAGUGGGAGGUAAAUGUGUCAAAGGUCUGCCUAAAGAUCAUACUUAUAUGCAUACUUACUAGGGAAGAGGCUGCGGUCGUUUAUCUGAUCUGCGCCCGUGCGUGUUUUCCGAGCCGCGGAUCCCCUCCUGCCAGCCAAGGCCAGGCCCGUGGGACGAUGGGGAGCAAAGCCCUGCCGGCGCCGAUCCCCCUGCACCCUUCGCUGCAGCUAACUAACUACUCCUUCCUGCAGGCGGUCAACACGUUCCCGGCUGCCGUGGACCACCUGCAAGGCCUCUACGGCCUAAGCGCCGUUCACACGAUGCACAUGAACCACUGGACUCUGGGCUGCUAUGCCGCCGCCGCCGCCGCCGCCACAACCGGUGGCGGGCCGGCCGAGAUUAGCCGCUGCUCGGCGCUGAGCGAGAUGGCGGCGGCGCAAGGCCUGGUAGAGCGCUUUCCCUUCCCGGCGCUGCCCUUCGCCACGCAUCUCUUCCACCCCAAGCAGGCGGCCGCCAUCGCGCACGUCCUGCCGGGUCUGCGCAAGGAGCGGCCCCGCUUUGACUUUGCCAACCUGGCGGCGGCCGCCACCCAAGAGGACCCGCCCAAGGCGCACCAGGCGGCGGCCGCUGCGGUGGUGGCGGCGGCGCACGGCGAGCUGGCCAAGUUGAGCGGCCCCCUCUCGGCGGCGCUGGGCAAGCUCUCACCGGACAGGAAGCCGGCACGCGGCAGGCUGCCUUCCAAGACCAAGAAGGAGUUCAUCUGCAAGUUCUGCGGCCGGCACUUCACCAAGUCGUACAACCUGCUCAUCCACGAGAGGACCCACACGGACGAGCGGCCUUACACCUGCGACAUCUGCCACAAGGCCUUCCGGAGGCAGGACCACCUCCGCGACCACAGGUAUAUCCAUUCCAAAGAAAAACCAUUCAAAUGUCAGGAAUGUGGGAAAGGAUUUUGCCAGUCCAGGACUCUAGCAGUUCAUAAAACUUUACACAUGCAGGAAUCUCCACACAAAUGCCCCACAUGUGGAAGAACCUUUAAUCAAAGAAGUAACCUGAAAACUCACCUUCUCACCCAUACAGACAUCAAGCCCUACAACUGUGAGCAGUGCGGCAAAGUGUUCAGGCGAAACUGUGAUCUGCGGAGGCACAGUCUAACUCACACCCCACGGCAGGACUUCUAGAACAGCCGAGAACCUCCACAGGGAGCUAACUCUGGCUCAAGGACUUGAACUGUAGACAAUCUUUAAGCCUGUGCAUAUGUGGACAGAUGUACAGUAUGCAGGGCCCAGAUCCUCUAUUCCCUGGCUCCGGCCAAACAGGCUGCAGAGGGGGUCACUGGGGGGAGUGACAACAGCCCCAAGCCUUUUUUUGUCAUCCCACGCCACUCCAGCCAAGAGUGUUGGCUGAAUUCGUGUAGAUACUAACAUCACAGCUCAUUUUAGAGCUCUGUACAGAAACUGUGGUGUGAUAUGUCUGUGUGUGUGUGCUUCCUUUUUGUCUUACCAAAUGCACACUGGUAACAAUGACGACAAAAUCUGGGAGUGAAAAUAUAUUUUUAAAAGUGUAUUUCAAAAAUAAACAAUCUUU